AUGCGACCACCAAUGGGUAACCCAACGGUAACUAUACGCCCCUUCCAGCGACUUUACAUCGAUCUUUUAGGUCCAUACCCCCGCAGUCGAUCCGGUAACAUAAGUUUCCUGAUAGUACUAGAUCAUCUUACCAAGUUUCAUUGGUUAUGCCAAUUGAAAUCCUUCACAUCGAAAAACAUCAUUAGGUAUCUUGAAAGUAACGUUUUCCAUAUUUACGGAGUACCGGAGAUUGUCGUUAGUGACAACGGUACACAGUUUCGAGCCAACGAUUUCAAUAAAUUUUUGACUUCUUACGGGGUGAAACAUAUUUAUACGGCUCUAUAUUCGCCACAGAGUAAUGCCUCUAAGCGCGUUAAUCACUCCCUUAUUGCCGGCAUCAGGGCAUAUUUGGGUAAAGACCACCGUUGUUGGGACGAAACAAUUAGUGCCAUUAGUUGUUCUCUUAGGAACUCGUUUCAUGAAUCCAUAAGUAGCUCUCCUUAUCAUGAUGUCUUGGGAAUGGAUAUGAUAACUCAUGCCUCUUCGUAUCCACUAUUACGGAAUUUGACCCUUUUGGACGAGCCCUUUUCACUUUCAAAGGACGACCGCAUGCAACUUUGCCGACGGGAUCUGCGUCAGAGGAUAAGGGAAUCUUACGAAAGAAAUAGACGACAGUACGAUCUUAGAUCGAGACCACAGACUUUCCAGGUGGGUCAGGAAGUGUAUAGACGAAACUUUGCCCAAAGUUCGGCGGAGAAGAACUUUAGCGCAAAACUUUCACCGAUGUUCAUUAAGGCUAGAGUGCGGAAGAAGUGUGGAAAUAACUAUUACAUUCUCGAAAACCUGCAGGGAAAACUUGACGGCAUAUAUCACGCUAAGGACAUUAGACCUUGA